GGUGGUCGAGAGCGGUGUUGCUUUCGGGAAUCGGGUUGCUGCGCGAGAGGGAAGAAGGGCGCUGCCGCGAAGAAGGCGCUUGGAAAGUCCGUAGGGGCGAGUGGGCCUCCUGCCCUAGAUUCUUUCCUAGGUCAGCAUGUGGAAGCUGGUCCCAGUCGUCGAGCCCGGUGCAGAACAGUCACAUCGACUUUUAGUCGGCGUAGAGUACCUUGUUGGGCGCAAGAAUUGUGCAAUUUUAAUUCAAGAUGAUCAGUCCAUCAGCCGGAGUCAUGCCCUUCUUUCUGUUAGUCAUUCUCAAACGAACCUUAGUAAAUCGCCUACCCUUCCUCUCUUAACAUUAAAAGACACCUCUAAAUAUGGUACCUUUGUUAAUGAAGAAAAACUACCAAAUGGCACUUCUAAAACCUUGAAAUCUGGUGAUAGAGUCACUUUUGGAGUCUUUGAAAGCAAGUUUAGAGCAGAAUAUGAGCCUUUGGUUGUGUGCUCUUCAUGCUUAGAUGUCUCACGGAAAAGUGUGCUAAAUCAAAAUAUUCUUCAGUUGGGAGGCCGUGUAACAAAUGAAUGGGAAGAAGUGUGUACUCAUCUUGCUAUGACCUCAGUCAAAGUAACUGUGAAGACAAUAUGUGCAUUGGUUUGUGGUCGACCAAUUAUAAAGCCUGAGUUUUUUGCUGAAUUAAUCAAAGCCAUUCAGGCCAAGCAACAGUUACCUAAGCCUGAAAGCUUUUAUCCUCCAAUUGAUGAGCCAAGUAUUAAGGGUGAAAAAAUAGAUCUGGCUGUAUGUCCUGCAAGAAAAACAAUCUUCAGAGGAAAAACAUUUGCCUUUCUUACUGCUAAGCAGCAUGCAAAACUGAGCCCAGCAGUUAAACUUGGAGGAGGAGAAGCAAAGCUGAUGACAGAGGGAGCAGUAGAUGCUGCUGCUUUGGCCGCUCCUGAUGUUUGUGUUAUUGAUUUAGGAUUCACAAACUCUCAAGCAUCCAUCUCUGACUCGGAAAGGGAGUGGAUUGACACCAUCAUAGCUGUCUUGCAAAGGAGGAAAUAUAGGACAAUUUCAGAAGCAGAAAUUGGUUUAGCCGUUAUCUUUGCAUCCACAGAAAGAUAUUGUAAUCCUCAAACUCAGCUUGAUGCAGGAGCAAAAUCUGCUACAUCAGCAUCAGCUGUUCCAGGACCAAGUCUUUCUCAGACUGCAGUAGUAGAUGAGACCAUCAUGCCAGGCAUCACAGAUUACAUCGCAGCAUAUGUCUCUGACACAGAGACCAAAGAGCAGAUGGAUACAUGUAUGGAAACAGCAGGAAAGAAGAGAACUAAAGUAACUCCAGUGAAGGAACAAAGAGGCAAAACACAUUUGCAAGAUAUGACAGUAAAUGAGACUCCAUCAGUUUCUGGCACUGCAAGCACGGGGGGAGCAUUAUCCAGGUUGAACAGAAAGUCAGGAAUUGGCCAGAGCAGCCAAGCACAUUUGCCUUCUAAAAAUCUAGGAUAUGGCAGAAAUCAAGACAGAAGUUCACAGCCACAAUCUAAUUCAAUUAAAAACUACUUCCAGCCAGCGACUAAAAAAAGGGAAAGGAUAGAGGAUGGAGAAACAUCAAUAUCUAAAUAUGCAAAGAUAGAGGAAAAGCCACCCCAGUCUUCUGAUCAUACUCAACCCGUACCUUCUUUGCUGUGGGAAAACACAGCAGAGAGCUCUCAAAAAGGGCAGUGUUCCAUUGACCAGAAAAAAAGCCAGUCUUUUACAGACACAAGCAAAAAGUCUGUCACAGAGAACUACAAAUUAGAAACAAUUGCCAGUGAAAACAUUCAUGCAGGAAAGUCUGCAUCACAAAAGAGAAAAGAGCUGGAUGACUUUGUGGAAGAUUCCGCUUCAUUAGAGCUUGUAUUUGAGAGCAAAGAGCUUGACUGGGAAGUGGACACACGAGAUUGUGGUAAAGAAAGUACUUGUGAUGUCAGGAAAAAACGGAAAUUGGAAACUAAAGGAGAUGAUCUUCAAGAAGGGAAUACAGGAAAUGAGGCCAAGAGCAUUUUGAAUCUUGAUAAAUGUGCAAGUGACUCUAGCAAUCCUCCCAGCAGGCUUUUGCUGACUGAAUUUCGGUCGCUUGUUGUUAGUCAGCCAAAGAAAGAUGGUUGUUUUACUACAAAACCAGAUUAUGGUCAUCUAAACAACUUUAAAAAAUUUAAAAAGACAGCUUACCCUGGAGCAGGACAGCUUCCACACAUUAUUGGAGGAUCAGAUCUUGUAGCUCAUAAUGCUAGAAGGGAUUCUGAAAUGGAAAUGUGGUUGAAACAAGAAAUGGAGGAACAAAAUCGCCAUGCGAGAGAAGAGUCUCUUGCUGAUGACCUCUUCAGAUAUGACCCCCAUACAAGAAGAAGAUAGUUGUGUCUUGAAUUAGACCUACAGCAGAAAAGAAUUUCUUUUAGCCUGCUUGCUGGCAAUACAUUGUAACAUCAGAGAGUUAGUUUCAGAUUUCAUAUCUUCUGAAAACCUGAUUUUCACGAAGAAGAGAUUGUGUUUCUGGCUGCAAGACAUGACAGUGCUUCAGAUCACUUAUACCAUAUAACAAUGCCUUCAAAAUUUCAGUUUCAAACUGCAUUUUUAGAAUUAUUAUUCUAUAUGGUUUUAUAAAAAGGACAUUAGUAGAAGAUCAGUUUCUUUUAAAAUUGACAAAAAGCUUGUUUUUGUGCUUUAGGAUAGAGUAUGGCAUACUAAAAUGUGGACUACCAAGUUUGUAGGAAAAUCUGAUGUGUAGUUUGUAUUAUGGGCCUCAAUAUUGCUGAUUUCUGCACCAUUUUGCAUACCUCAAAUUGACUGGGGUCAAUUACUAAAUUAAACUUUGUCUCUAAAUUGA